CACCACACAGUGCGCUCUGUUGGUACCAGGAAUAGUCACUUUGACACAAGCCACAUUAACAGGGCUUACAGCCUCCACUGAUCCGAUUUUCUGCUCAGAUUUUUCUUAAUUUUCUCCAUUAGGGAUGGCGUUACUUUUUCACAUUACAUUCACGUGAUAUUUUACUGGGCUUGAAUAUUUGGGGAACACUUUUACGCACAGAACUUAGGGCUGGAUUUCAUUUUUAUUGGCUUUUCAUUAACUCUGACUUGCUUUAAACUCUGACGGUAUGUUCUCACUGUUAUAUGGAUUGAUAUGCUUUUGUGCACUGGGCUGCAGUCAACAAGCAAGCGGACAGCCGGACGAUGGAAAGAGGUACAUUUGUCGGGCAGUCCCCAUAACCGGCGAUGCCAGUUGUCCGGUAACCCUCUUACCCGAGCUCAACACCGGGAGCCAGGAAGAAGAGCUCAGAAACACCGUCAUGCAGCUUCGAGAAACAAUUUUACAGCAAAAGGAGAAUAUUUCUAAACAACAAGGCACCAUUAACGAGCUCACCACCAAGCUUUCCCUCUGCGCGUCUGCCACCGACGACAGGAGAUACGACAAGACUGGCUCCUGGGGCAAAGACAAGCAAAACACAAUGGGAGAUGUUCCUAGAGAUCCCAACGACACAAUUGAUAGUCUUAGGAAAACUAUGCAAGGGCUCAAGGACCGACUGGAGAACUUGGAGGUAAGUCAGGAACAAUUGCACUAAGGGCACAUUGUGUCUAACCGCGCGUAAAAGCCGGGUUUGGGUCUGUAUACGGAUUUAGAGGCUAACUAUAUACUGUCGAUCCAACCCUCAUCAGUAGACAAGCACUUCCAAGAAUCAUUACAGAGUACGUAUGGUAAAGAUCAAACGAGAUUCGUACUAUGAUUAGCCUCAAACUCCUUAUUAAGUAAAUAGAAUUAAACGGAACUGCCCAAAAAGAGGAGUAGACUGUCUUCUUUGGAGUCUGAAAAUGUCUGUUUUAUGUCUUAAAUUCACUGAUUACUUUAGCCACGGAUUAUGAAUGUGAUGGGUUAAAUUACAUGACAGGUAAAAGCUUGGGCAACAUGUAGUUAAGUUAACUUGUCAAAAUGAAACCAUCAAAUUGGAGGGUUACUUUCCCAUGUUUGAAACAAUACUCUCAGGGCAGUCAACGGUGAUGUAAUGGAUAACUCUCAGCCCUCACAGGGGCCCAUUGUCCAUGAUUAUCUAUGUGCACUUCCUGCACAUCUUGACCCCCAAUUUUUUCCCUUAGCAACAGCAGAUGAGGGCCAAUGUAUCUGGCGCCUCCUUUCCCAGUGAGCUCCGUGACCUGCUGCAGCGUCGGCUCAGCCAGCUGGAGAAACAACUCUUGAAGAAGGUCAACAACCUGGAGGAACAGAAAAGCAUGCUGUCCAACGCCACAGCCGCCUACAGGCUGAAAACAGAGAGCACACUAAACGCUCUAGUGGAGAGGAUCAGUGAGCUGGAGAAAGGUACAGUAUACACAGUCUGAAAGUCAUUUCACAGAUGUCACAUCAGAGAAAUGUAUGGGGUGAAGUUUAAUCAAGCACACUUUACAACAUACUGGAGGCUAGACAGAAAAGUAACACACAAUUAGUCAACUUUAAUCUUUAAAUUGUACCUUUAAGGUGCAAAACACAUCAAGAGUUAAAUCUGCAGUUAAAGAAAACUUAGGAUGUCGUUUAAUUAUCCAUUAAAAUUCUGAUUGGCAAACAUAAGCAAGAAAGUAAUCUGAAAACAGUAAAAAUUGAAUGUGAUUUUAUCGAAUACGGCUAAACUUAUAGUCUUUGGGUAAACUUUGUCAAACUGGUCUGGUGUGUAUAACACUAGUGGAGCUAACACCACUAGUCUUCAGUUAUCCUUAAAGGUAAACUUACUCAUACCUGUGCUGGCAAUACGUUGCUUAGAUUGAGGGUUUAAGUAGCAGUUUAACUACACACUGAUACACAUCUAUCUUUAUUUUGUGAACUAAAUAAGUGCCAACCCGAACUAUAAAAAGCCAUCUUAAAUCCAUGGAAAUUUACAAACAGGUCAUAGAGAAUUAAAGCUUUAUGUGGAGUUAUAUCCCUUGCUAGUGGUGGGCAGCAUCACAGCUUAGAAAUGACCCAAUACCAAGGUUUUGGACCCAUAGUUUUAAUGAAAAGGUUUAGCACCCCCUGUGGACAAAGUAAUACCUCUGAUCUCUUCUCCUGUACAAGUGAAAGUUGUUAUUUCAGACAAAAUACCUAAUCUUAUAGUCUUUUAAAAGUGAAAUGUAUCACUAACUGUGAGUUUUGCCACAGAAAAAGUCUAAAAUUCUGUUUCUUUAACCUGCUGUCAAUCAUCUGGUCUAAAACCCUUCCACCUUACAGCAGUUUCAGACAUCAAAAAUUACAACUGAGAAAUUUCAGCCUUGUUGCUGAUGGUCUCAUUUGCUUUUGAAGGUCAUAAAAAGGCAUCAGUAUCUGUUUUAGCCUGAUUCUCAAGCAGUAUAAUAUUCCUUACUGUAACUUUAAUACUGAUGAGUGUGAUGAAAAUAGUUGUAGCAGAGGUUGUUGGGCAAGUCCACAGCAGCAGGAGAGUCCUUACCCUGAUCGAACCCCCAUGACAACAAUCUUUGUGCCAACAUAAAAAUGUUUUCACUGACUCAGCGCAACCCGAUGCAUUUACAGGCUGGAUUUAAAAUUUUGAUGGAGCAAGCUAACACCCACAACUCUCACUUAACAGGGGAAAAAGACAGAGUGAGAAAGACAGAGAAAAGCAUGUGCUGGUCUGUUUAGACUGUUGUCUAAGAGAAGAUAAGACAUGAUAAUGACAAAGUUAGUCAUGAAUUUCAGUUUACAAAAAAAAGGACAGGUGCACUAUUUUAUACAAUUUAGAAAGAAAUUUUGAAUGUGCCUUUUUGUUAUAUGUAUUACCAUUUUUGUGUACAUUUUACUCAAAUGAGGGAAGAACAAUAGCAGCUAUUAUCAGGAUGAAGAUCAUUGUCAUUAUUUCAAUGAAGUUACUAUCAGCUCUUGAGGGAUGGUAUGAUUUAUUGUCUGAAAAAAGGAUUUGAAUUCUAUUUUUGGUUUUAAAAGCAGCUUGUACUAAAAGGCUAACUUCAAGGAAUAUGUUGAAUGUGUGGACUAGUUUUUUCUGCUCAGUUUUGAGACAAGAUGUGUCUGGUUUUGUUAUGUUACUAAAGUAACUACACUAAUGGAAAGGAUGCAGAGGAAGCACUCAGGAGAAUAAAAGAGAUGAGAGGGUCUGAUGAAUCAGGGGUUACAGAAAUGCAAAUGCAUUACAUAAAAGAGGCCUUUGUAAAAGCUGUUUUAAGCCAGGAUCAUUUACGUAUUAGAGCUAAGGGGGAGUAGUGCUGCUUUUUCUUUGCUUUUGUUCCAAGGCAGCAGUUACCAGGUUUAAAAGCCCACUUGAGACAUAUCUAACCUCUCUGCCCAUCUCAUUCCAGGGGGAGGAGAUUACAAGUCUCCAGAGCAGUUCAAGCUCUCCCUGCCUCAGAGGACCAACUACCUGUAUGGGCGCAUCACCAAGAGUCUGCCAGAGAUGUAUGCUUUCACACUCUGCAUGUGGAUCAAGUCCAGUGCCAGUCCAGGCAUUGGGACUCCUUUCUCCUACGGAGUUCCAGGACAAGCAAAUGAGAUUGUGCUAAUUGAAUGGGGAAACAACCCAAUAGAGCUGCUGAUUAAUGACAAGGCGAGUAAUUUCAGCUGUACGAAAUCUAUUAAACCUGUAUGGUUGAUCUCCUAAAUGUCAUUGUUGGCUCUGCCUAAAUCCAGGAAGGAUACAUCUACUCUUGUAAACCAACCAGCACACACUUCUUUUUGUCAGAAAAGCAAUACUAAGCGUAUUAUCCUCUGACCACAGGUUGCCCAGUUGCCCUUGGAUGUACGUGACGGUCGAUGGCACCACAUCUGCAUGUCCUGGACCACACGUGACGGCCAAUGGGACGCUUACCAAGACGGAGAGAAGUUGGGGAGUGGUGACAACCUGGCGGCUUGGCAUCCCAUCAAACCUGGGGGAGUCAUCAUUCUUGGCCAGGAGCAGGUAAGGAAGUUAGAUUUAGUCAUCACUGUCUCUCCUUACCCAUGAUCAAAGCAGUCAGUCGCCUACCCGGUGUUACAUCAGCCACGACUUGUCUUCUAUACCAAGUGACAUUGUUGACAGGAAACCAUGCUAACAAUGUGCCAUCAGCUGUGAAGAGCAGCAUGUUCACAUUUUCAAAAGCCAAACACUUCAAAGCCCAAUGUCAAGUAGUUCUACUAACAAGCUGUAUGAUUUAUGGAGCACCUUUGCAAACAGGCAAUAGAAACAAGGAAUUGAGCCAGACAUGACAUGACAGGUUUGUGUUUGUCAUGACGAUUCAAUUUCUCAGACACCAGGAUGCCCCGUGUUGGCCAAAGUUACUGAGGUCUCUCCUUGAACCUAUCAGUGAAGUCAGGUCAGUUAACAUGUUCGAGCAGAAUGCAACAAAUUCCAAGUAAAUCAGCAGACGUCCCAUUAAUGCUCGUGUGAAAUAUCUCCACAAAUAUUGGAUUUUGUUGCCUUUUGACUUAUGGUCCCAAGAAAAUGAAUUUGAACAACACUGGUGAUGUCCUGCAAGUCCAAAUUGUUCCACCAGCUGGUCAAAGUAUUUAAUUAACCAGGGAAAUCCAAGUCUUAACAUGUUACUGUAAGGGUGUAACCUGAUUUGGUAAGGCAUUCAAGGUUCCAAGAGGGUGUACCCUAAUUUCCUAAUGAGUCCCGGGCUUUAAAAGGAACGAGGCUAAAUAUAUUGUAUUUCAAGUUCAAUGUCUAUGAAGAGAAGAGAAAUGGGAGGAUUUCCAAUAUUUUUAGUCUACAUGCUCAUUCCCCUACUCAGGGUCAUAAGUAAUCACUUUUGACUUAGUCAAAAAUCUUGUCAUAAUUUUUAAUGUUUUUUUUUUAAUUAUGAACCUUUAUUUAACCAGGAAGUCCCAUUUAGAUUAAAAAUCUCUUUGACAAAAGUGAGACCUGGCCAAAAUAGCAGCCAUAGAAAGUCAAAAAUGAAAUAAAAUAAAAUAGGAAGAGGUACAUGAUACAUACUUAAACAAUAAAAUAGUAAAACAUUAACAAACAUUAAAACAACAAAAGAUAGUAACAGGAUAUUGGUUUCAUGAACAAAUACAUGAAAACAAAAGUCAUUUAAAGCUUACACUCAUCCAAACAACUUCAAGAGUAAAAACCCUGAAGUACCCUGAAGAGCUCAAAUGUCGCACAAUGUUGUAAGACCAGUCUUCCAGUAUAAUAUGAUACUAUAUUAAACAUGAGGGAGAAAGAAGUAUGACAUUUUUUUAGUUUUUAUAUUUCAGUGUAUAAUCACGUAUUAAUUUAUUCAUAUAUCAGAGCAGGUCCCCCUACAAGUAGACCACCUUACACUGCCUUGCUUCUGCUGCAGCAAAGACCGUACAACCUAUCGAUAUAAUACUUGUUCACAGAGUGCCGUGCAGAAAGUGGGCAUUGAUAGUGAAAAGAUUUGUAUUGAUAGAUGUUUCUGAUGGUAAAAGCUUGACUUAUGGAGGAUCAAACUUAUGCAGCACUGCAUUAAGCAAGGAAGCAUUUCAGUCCAAAAUUUGACCAGAUAUGUCCUUAUAUUCCCACUUCCACACGCUGUGCUACCAAAGUUUGCUGACAUGUCAAAGUAAAAAAAAUUAUAAUGAAUUCAUUUUUUUGUGUGUAUUAGCAUGAUGCUGUUAGCAUACAACUUGAAUACCAUGUGCUAAGGUCCAACCUUCUUGCAUGACUGUUGACAUAGACAGGCUUGUCUUUGCCUCCAAAGCUGUGUGUUUGCUGUACAUGCCUGACUGUUGGCAUGAGUUUCUAAUGUGUGGGCAGGGAUUAUGUGCUGGAAAUCACGUUUUAUAAACCUUCACGCAGAUUUGUGACCUAAGAGUACAAAUAAUACACCACUGUUUCCCCAGAAGAGCCUUUUAUAAACUUGCUCAAGUUGAAGGUACCUAAGCUGAUGUAAACUGAUCAAGUUAAAAUCCUAACUAUAUGUAAUACUUAUGGCAUACUACAUGGUGGUAAUAUUAUUGUGUGCCUGUGACUUUAUUAUAUACUAUGUGGUCUGUGACUCUAGUUCAGACCACUGUCAGUUAAAUUGUGAUUUUUUAAAAUUGAAUAUACAUGCAUCGUAGUGACCUCUGUAGUUGUCUUCAUAUGUUUGUGGAGAAACUUGGGCAUUAAACUUUAAUUUUAUUUUUAGAUAUACAAUCAGUGAUAUUUCAGGUGAUUUGAUUUUUAAUCAGAUAUAGCACUAUCUCUGGGGCUGGGACUGCACUGACCUGACCAUGGCAUUACCAUAGAUCAGGCCUGUUAGUUUAAUGACUUGCCCAUCUGGACUCCCAAACUCCACUCCUAGAAGAUAAUCACCUUUUAUACUGUAAUAGUCUUUUGAUUUCCUCCCUUUUGUUUUAUGGCCCUUGCAGGAUGUGGUUGGAGGGCGCUUCGAUGCCGGACAGGCUUUCGUGGGCGAGCUGAGUCAGGUGAACAUUUGGGAUCGUGUCCUGAAGCCGGUGGAGAUUCAGUCUAUGGCUAACUGCAGCUCUUAUUUCCCUGGGAACGUGAUCUCCUGGCUACCCAGCAAUGUUGAAGUGUUUGGAAGGGGUGCGUUCAAGCGGCCCUUGGAGAUGUGUCAGGAACGACUGCCCAAUGCUUAAAACUCACUUAUCUGCCUCUCUAUAGAUUAGCUGUUUCCAUCCAUUCAGCAGUUUUUAUUGUCUGCUCUGACUGAAAAGUUUAUGGACAUUAUGUACAUUAUGCUGCUUUGCGCUAAGAUUUUUAUGGUUUGUCAACAGAGUUGAAAAAGAUGUGUUGACUAGCUGGCAGAAGUUCCAUUUCUAGGAUAAAUCUAAAAGCUGCUGUGCUCCUACAGUUAUGACUUUACUGUGAUUAUGAACUUAAUCUUACAAACAACAGCGUUUAUAAAAGGCUCCCUGAGGUACUGCUCCUAUAAAAGGCCCAUACACCAACAUUCCCACACAAUCCCCCCACACCACCCCCCUUCCUCCACGCUCAAGCAAGCUUAAAUUAACACUCACCUCAAGCUUUGAGGUAAUGAAAAUCCACUUGAGUCCCACUCAGACACACGCAAGUCCUGCUACUACUACAAAUACACAGACUCGCCAACAGUUUUCCGUUGACAUGUGAGUUGGCAUUGCGUGCUGCGUGGGAGUGAGUUGCUGGAAAGAUUAGAGAACUGGCGAAUGUUAUGUCUAUUCCUUAACAAGGGAGUGGGCUUAAAGUAAACAUCAGUUAAGCCCCUUCUCCAGACAGGUGCAGUCAUUUUGAAGCAGAGUAUAACUGAACAAGUUCAGUAUAGCACUUUAUCUGUUUUGUAGUGCUGGUGUUGUGCAGUAGGCUGAUUCCUCUGGCAGAAAUACGAGUUUAAAUUUGCAGCUUACAUAUGAAUUACCUGAAACUUUACCUCUUUGGAAGCUUUAUUCUUGGCAUGCGUAACCAAUACCAGUGAUACUAGCGAGACUAUCACAGUGCUUUCUUUAACCUGCCUUUUCCAUUUGAACAAACCCUGUUGAAAUGGUAAAUCAUGCUGAAAAUAUAUUCAUAGCUUCAAUGUUGUGAAAUAUUUUUACACGUGAUUUGUGAUGUUUGUGAAGUGGGUGACAGAUUAGACCUAGCUCUAAACACACAAAUAUACCAUAUAUUUUGAUUGUACUUGUUGGGUGUUACCCAUAUGUAUAUGUCGUGAUAUUAUAUUUUGCAUUUUUUUGUCUUUGUUCGGAAGUUCGUAGUUUUUUUAACGUAAUCCUUGUUUUUAUGUAAACGGCAUUGCCCAAAUUGUCUUGUUUCUUCUGAUGAAGACUUAAGUGCCAUUAUUUCUUUUUCUAAGUGUUGUAAAAUCAUUUACCUGCCAAUAAAAGAGAAAGAAAAUCACUACUAAUGA